AUGCGAGGAACGUUGGUAUUCUCGGGCUCGUCAUGCCCAGCUCUCACCGGCAAAAUAUGUGAGAACCUGGGCAUGGCUCCGGCUGAGGCUGACCUAUCUCAAUUUUCAAAUGGCGAAACAAGCGUCCGAAUUCUAACCAGUGUUCGAGACAAGGACGUCUUCGUUGUGCAAUCUGGAAGCCCUACUAUCAACGACACCAUCAUGGAAUUGCUCAUCAUGAUCUCCGCUUGCAAAGGUGGCUCUGCGAACAAGAUUACCGCCGUUCUUCCCUACUUCCCAUACAGCCGGCAAUCUAAGAAAAAGUCUCACCGGGGCGCCAUUACCGCUCGAAUGCUGGCAAAUUUGCUUAACGUGGCUGGAGUUAAGCAUGUUAUCACGGUCGAUUUACAUGCUUCUCAAAUGCAAGGAUUCUUCAAGUGUCCCGUCGACAACCUUCACGCCGAGCCCCUCAUAGCACGUUGGAUUCGAUUGAAUAUCCCCAAUUGGAAGGAAGCUGUUGUUGUAUCCAAGAAUGCCGGCGGUACCAAGAGAGUAACGUCAUUGGCCGAUGCCUUGAAACUCAACUUCGGACUGGUUACUACAGACCGCAAGCGUGCUCCCAAUAUGUCUGCGAGUAUGAUCAUGAACCAGCUGGAUGGGUGGGAUAACCCUCCUGGUUACGUUAACGGCGUCCAGCGUUCAAGAGCCAUCUCGGAAGACAGAGACUCGGAUUGGAACGGCUCAACUAGGUCGUCACGGGUUGUAGGCGACUCUCAAGGUUCUCCCAGGCGCGCUGCCGCCCCACCGCUGCGGACUAACAGCCUCACGCGAUCGCCGUACACGCGCGCCUAUACGCCUUCUCAAACAUCCCCCAUCGAGGAGUUGAAAGAUGAAGAAGAAAACGUCGACGAGGCACUGGUCUAUAACGACCAACGUGCUCAGGAAGUGACACAAGGAAGGCUCGUUCAAGGUCAUGUUGUGGCGGACGAUUUCCAAUCCCCACCUCAGUCAGAUGGCGGCGGGAGCCAAUCCUACCAAGGCGGUGAUGACGACCCCAUGACCAUGUCUCAUGCUUCUUCUUUCUUCGCUCCCGAACCACAUGCUCUUGGCGGCUCCGGUGAUGCAGAGGGGUCAUCAGACGAGGAAGAAGAAAAGCUCCGAGAUCCCAAGGUCGAGCAUAUGAUCACGCUGGUUGGCAAUGUUAAGGACCGCCCAGUUUUAAUCGUGGACGAUAUGAUUGAUAAGGCUGGUUCAUGGAUUGCCGCAGCUGAGACAGUCGUUAAGCGAGGCAAGGCGAAGAAGGUGUAUUGCAUGGCCACACAUGGAGUGUUCGGGGCAGACUGCCUCGAGCAACUCCAAGCUUGCGAUUGUAUCGACCAAAUUAUCGUAACCAACAGCUUCCCUAUCCCCGACAGGAGAGCGAAAAACGCGAGUAAGUUGGUCAUCCUAGACCUUUCCUAUCUGCUCUCCGAGGCGAUCCGAAGAAACCAUUAUGGCGAAUCCAUCUCGCCCCUAUUCCAACAUAUUGCGGAUUAG